GACCUGCAGGUGCCCAUACAUCGAGACACUAAAUCGCUCAUCACCUUGGCCAGGUAGCAGGUAACUCCGUCCUCGUUUGGCGUGCAGUUGAUUGCUGUGUGUGAAGACGGUAUUCUGCCCAAUAUUGUCUCUCAUUUUUACUGCCUUAAAUAUUAGCAUCUCGGACACGCACGAUCUGCGCUGCCCGACGUCUCUUACAGUCUAUAGGCUACGCCAUCUGGGAUCGAUCAGUGAGGAUAGUCGAGAAAAGCAGUGGUUGUAGCAGGCAUGGUGCUGGAGCCCGCUGGGUACUGACAUGGCGGAGCAUAGACGCGGUGCGCAGAGGCAUCUGGACAGAGAGCUGGUCGGGGAUCGCAGCGCCGCGGAUCCUGAGCUGGAGGCAAUUAAGGCCCGAGUGCUAGAAAUGGAAGAGGAGGCAGAGAAGCUGAAGGAGGUGCAGUACGAGUCAGAGAGGCGGCUCAUUUGUAGCCCCCCGGGGGGGUUGUUCUAUACAAUGACGCACGAAGAGAGAAUAGAUGCAGACAACCGUUCGGUUUACGUGGGAAAUGUGGACUAUGGUGCAACCGCCGAUGAAUUGGAAAUCCAUUUUAAUGGCUGUGGUCCUGUGAACCGCGUCACCAUUCUGUGUGAUAAAUUUACAGGCCACCCAAAAGGGUUCGCGUACAUCGAGUUUUCAGACAGGGACUCUGUGAGGACUGCAAUGACCUUAGAUGAGACCCUCUUCAGAGGUAGAAUUAUCAAGGUGUUGCCCAAACGGACCAACAUGCCUGGGAUCAGCAGUACCGACCGGGGCAGCUUCCGUGGGGCUCGAUCUCGAGGACGAGGCUUCCGCUCCUUCAGAUUUAACAGCGGCUUUCAGGGCAGGUACUACUGCCGCCCCUCCAGGGGAGGUGGCGGACCUCAGCCUUGGUUUACUCCUUACUAGUGUGUAAAAAGAGGAUGUGAAGAUACAGAGGCUGUGAUGUUGCUUUAAUUCUCUCGUGUUUGUCUCCUAAGCACAUGCUGUCUCACUGUGUAUAGCUUUUUAUCCUGGAAGCAAAGUGUACUUUUUUUUUCCCCUCUUCUCAAUGGAUGUGCCAAGCAUUGGUUCCUGCAUUUUAUAGGAUUGAGACAGGUAUUCUGUGGGGGGAUGGGUCAUGUAGAGUUGAUGCAGGUCAGGCAUAUUUUGCAGCAUAUCCUUUGAGAAUAUUGCACAUGUGUUUGGGAGAGGAUUUGCAGCCGUGCCUUGAAUUUAAGUGUUUUUUUUGUUUGUUUUUUUUUUAA